AAGCAAUAGUCCGAUAGAAUCCAUUAAUCGGCUAUUAUCACAGUCUUAUAAUACAUGUUCAAAGAGUUCUGGUCAUAGUCCGAAUUCCCAAUCGUUCUCCCAAGGUAUUUAAAGUUUGCUCUAGUAAACAUAAGCUCUCUUGGAAGCUCCAUACGUCGAACACUACACGACAGUUGCAAAGGUAUACAUUCACUGCAAACUUUUGGACCCAAAUUGCCAGGUUAACAUUUUAAAUCACAAUAACUAAGAUGGCGAAGGCUAAGGCUGCACCAACGGAAGAUUUGGUAGAUUAUGAAGAGGAGGAAAGUGAAAAGAUUAUUUCAACCAAGGAUGUGAUUAAAUCAGCAGCCGGAAAAAAAGGCGGCCGCUCUGACGGUGUUAUGGGCCGCGGUAGUUAUGUGGCAAUCCAUGCAAGCGGCUUUAGAGACUUUUUUCUAAAACCAGAAAUUUUGAGAGCAAUCAGCGAUGCCGGUUUUGAGCAUCCCUCUGAAGUUCAGCAUGAAACAAUUCCACACGCUAUCACCGGUGUUGACAUUCUAUGCCAAGCUAAAUCUGGUAUGGGAAAAACUGCUGUUUUCGUCCUAUCCAUCUUGCAACAAAUCGAAGUUGAGGAAGGUGAUGUUGUCACCGGAGGAGUAAAGAGGGAAGCUGAUGGUGAAGCAAAGGCUACUAGCGAGCCAAAGAUUGCUUGUAUCGGAAUAUCACAUACUCGUGAGCUUGCUUUCCAGAUUAAAAAUGAAUUCGAUCGUUUCAGCAAAUACUUGUCUGGCGUUCGUUGUGAAGUUGUAUACGGUGGUAUCCCCAUCCAAAAGGAUAUCGCAAUGUUAAGCGAUCCAACAAAGUGCCCACAUAUUUUGGUGGGUACUCCAGGUCGUCUCCUGGCCCUUAUCAAGGGAAAACAUUUGAACGUGGAGGGUGUUCGCCACUUUGUCCUUGACGAAUGUGACAAGUGUCUGGAAAAGUUGGACAUGAGACAAGAUGUGCAAUCGAUCUUCAUGAGCACUCCAAAGAAGAAGCAAGUUAUGUUCUUCUCCGCUACAAUGAACAGUAGCAUUAGAGAUUUGUGCAAGAGGUUCAUGCAAUCCCCUGUAGAAGUAUUUGUGGACGAUGAAUCCAAAUUGACACUGCACGGUCUUUUGCAAUACUACAUCAAGCUGGAGGAAAGUGAUAAGAACAGAAAACUGAAUGAUUUGCUGGAUAGUCUGGAGUUUAACCAGGUUAUCAUCUUUGUAAAGAGUGUCUCAAGAGCAAUCACCCUCGAUAAUUUGCUCUCCGAGUGCAAUUUCCCCUCAAUCGCUAUUCAUGCAGGUCUCGAGCAAUCUGAAAGGAUUUCUCGUUACACGCAAUUCAAAAAUUUUGACAAACGUAUCAUGGUUGCUACUGACUUAUUUGGACGUGGAAUCGAUGUCGAACGUGUCAACAUUGUUAUCAACUAUGAUAUGCCAGAUUCAACAGACUCUUACCUACACAGAGUUGGCAGGGCAGGUCGUUUCGGUACCAAGGGACUCGCUAUCACCUUUGUGGCAUCACCCGAAGACUCAAGCGCACUGGCAGAUGUACAAAAGAGAUUUGAAGUUGAUGUGCCAGAGAUGCCUCAGACAAUUGAUACAUCCCUCUAUUAUAAGCCAGCGAAACAUAACCCAGAAAUCGCAAUUGGCAAAUAA